CACAAACAGUAGUCAAGCUGUCAAAGACUCUGUUAACCACUUUAGAUCAGUCCAUUAGAAAAGAGAAAGUGAAGAAAAAGAAGAAGAAGAAGAAGAAGAAGAAGAAGAAGAGGUGCCAACGGUCUCAGGACGAGCCAAACAUCAGAGUACCCUAUGGAUUCCCUUCAUGGCACCACAGGAACCCAGUACUAUUUCCCUGCCCGUUCCGUGCUGUUCCAGAAGGAAGCUAGCGGAGUGACGUAUCGCAUACCCGCUCUGAUAUUCUUGCAGCGACCCUCCUGCUUCCUGGCCUUCUGUGAGGAGAGACUCAGUCCUGCUGAUUCCCAGGCUAACCUGCUCGUCAUGCGCAAGGGCGUCUUCUACAGGAACUAUGUAGAGUGGGAAGACAUGCGAGUCCUGAGCACGGCACAUCUCAAAGGCCACCGUUCAAUGAACCCAUGUCCUGUGUAUGACACUUUCACCGGGACACUGUUUCUCUUCUUCAUCGCUGUGCUCGGUCACACCACAGAGAUGUACCAGUUGGUGACAGGCAACAAUGUCACAAGACUGUGCUAUGUGUACAGUCAGGACCAUGGGGAGACCUGGAGUCCUGCCAUAGACCUCACUAAGGAGGUCAUAGGUGACACAAUUAAAGUGUGGGCUACCUUUGCUCUCGGCCCAGGCCAUGGAAUCCAGUUAAAGUCUGGCCGUCUGCUGAUCCCAGCCUAUGCGUACCACACUGACUGCAGGCAAUGCUUUGGAAUGCUCUGUAAAGCCGCUCCUCACUCCUUCUGCUUCCAUAGUGAUACACAUGGCAGGACGUGGCAUUUUGGGGAAAUGGUGCCAGAACCUGAAUGCGUGGAGUGUCAGCUUGUCUCAGUGGAUGAAGAGGAUGGGACCAGUGUGCUCUACUGUAACGCCCGCAGUACCCUUGGAUCCCGCGUUCAGGCCCUCAGUUUUGAUGACGGCACCAUUUUCCAAAGAGGACAACUGGUGCACAAGCUCGUGGAGCCUAGAAAUGGCUGUCAAGGGAGUGUGAUUGGCUUUCCAGCACCUUUCAACCUCUUCAAGGUGUCCAGCUUGGGUGAAAUCCAGGGGGCGAUGUCCACUACGAGCUCCCCUUCCACUGCAGAAAGCCAAUUCCAGAAUUUUUUAACACCAACAUGGGUGGUGUAUGGACAUCCAACUUGGAGCACCGCUCGCCAGGAUUUUGGUUUGUACCUCAACAUACAGCCCCGUGAUCCAGAUAGCUGGACAGGGCCAUGGAUCAUCUACAAGGGUCCAAGUGCAUACUCAGACUUGGCUUAUGUGGAGCUGGGAUCUACAGAUGAACCACCGGUUCCUGUUUUUGCCUGUUUAUUUGAAAAUGGCACGAGGACAGCAUAUGAUGAGAUUUCAUUUUGCAUGUUUACACUGUUUGAGCUUAUUAACAACCUCCCCAAGGUCCCACCACAUCUGAGUGGUGUAAAGUCAGCAGAGAAAAAGAAGAGGAGGAGGAGGAGGAGGAGAAAGAAGAGAGUGUGUCACUUUUGUAGAGUGUGUUAGCAGCAGAAUACAUGUUAUCUGGGCAGAUAUGCCAUUUGUACCCAAGUACACAAUAAAUCCGGU